AUGGGCUUCCUCUCCGCUCUGUCAACGUUCGUCUCCAUCAUCCUGGUAUACCCCGUUUACUAUGUAGCGUUUUGCGCAUACUUUCUCCUAAGCCUUGUGGCCUCACCUUUCAUAUACCUGGGCUCGUUAUGCCUCUGGUUGGUUCUCUUGCCAGUAAAAAUCGUGCUCAGCCUCAAAGCGCUCUUAAUCUACCUCGGGGUAGCUUCACUGGCUGGUGCUGGUGCGGCUUUGCUCUUGUACUCAAUAACGACCUUGGCUAUUGAUGCAUUAUUGGGUCGCGUUUCAAGUUCUACGACUGUUGCCCGCCUCAAGCCUAGGCCGGGGCAUCAUGCAAUCGAGGAUGUCAAGUCCGAACCCUCCAACGGCCCUGGGGAAAGCAAUGCCUUAUUGGAUAAUUGGGGCUGGGGGGUAGACGCAAAUCCCCUGAAAAAGAGUGGAUUGGUGUCUGAAACGAUAUUGGAAGAAGAGAGUCAGAAUUCCGAGAUCUGA